AUGACCACCCUCGCAUCCACGAUCAGCGAAGGAUUUCGAGCCCGGCGAUCCAUCCGUGCCCUAACAAACGAAACUAAAAUAUCCGAUGCUCGCAUCGAAGAACUUGUUUCAGAUGUGACUUUGCAUACACCGAGUCCAUUCAAUGUUCAAUCCGGCCGACUUGUCGUGCUCCUGAAAGAAGAACACCAGAGACUCUGGGAUAUUGCCUAUGAGGCCGCAAGUGCGAGCGUGCCCCAGGGCGUAUUUGAAAAGAUGUACAAGCCUCGUAUCGCUGCAUUCAGAGCAGGCUAUGGGACAGUGUUGUUCUAUGAGGAUCCUGUCCCGUUCAAAGCGUUAGAAGAAAAAUGGCCAAUGCUUACCCAGAAGUUCCCUGAAUGGUCGCAACACUCGAGUGGAAUGCAUCAAUUUGCGUUAUGGACAUUGCUUGAAGCUGAGGGUCUUGGGUGCAGUCUACAACACUACAAUCCGCUGAUAGACUCGCCUGUCUCCGAGCAGUGGGGCAUUCCUCAAGAAUGGAGAUUACAAGCUCAGCUAGUCUUCGGGAAGCCCGCUGGCCCACCUAUGGAGAAGACAUUUGAGCCUCUGGAACAAAGGGUCUUCAUUCACGGAAAGUAG